AACCCUUUUCUUCUUUUCUCUCUGGUUUUAUUUUUAAUUUUUAUUGUAAUCUAAAUUUCUCGCUCCAAAGUCCAAGACAUCACAGCGUCAGAUCAGACUCAUACACAAGUUGAUAAGAAUAAAACGACGAAUAACGGAACCGUUUUCUUCUUCUUCUUCGCGGCACUUUCACUUCUUCAUACUCUCAUAAUUUGUCGUUUACUUCCCCUUCGCCUGCAUUGCGAUUCUUCUCUCCUUUUCAGUAAACGACAAUAACAUCACACAUAUAUAAUAUAUUUCCUGCGUUUUGUAUUUUCCCCGAAUUUCAAUCUCUCAUGGGAAACGCUAAUGGCAGAGAAGAUGGAGCCAUUUCCGACGGUGCUGAUCUCGCUGGUCGUGAACCUCACGCGCCUGAUUCUCGCCCUCCGGUUCGCGCUUUUUCUUCCGAUUCAAUGGCGAAUAGUCCGCCUCAGAGUCCUCGCCGGUCCAGAUCGCCGAUCCUCUUCGGUCCUCAGGUUCCUCUAGCUCCAUUACAAAGAGGUAACGGCCCUCCUUUUCUCAAUCAAAUGUGGCAGAAUGAGCCUCAUGGUAUUGUUCAUCAACCUCCUGAGCAAGGAAUCCCUGUUAUGAUCACUUGGAAUUAUGGAGGUAACAGUGUGGCCGUGGAGGGAUCUUGGGAUAACUGGACAUCCAGGAAGGCAAUGCAGCGAGGUGGCAAGGAUCACUCAAUUCUUAUAGUCCUUCCAUCAGGUAUAUAUCAUUACAGGUUCAUUGUUGAUGGUGAACAGAGAUAUAUUCCAGAUCUUCCUUAUGUAGCUGAUGAGAUGGGGAAUGUCUGCAAUCUUCUUGAUGUUAACGAUUAUGUGCCAGAAAAUCCUGAAGGUGUCUCUGAGUUUGAGGCGCCACUCUCCCCAGAAUCUAGUUAUGGUCAAGCCUAUCCAGGUGAGGAAGAUUUUGCAAAAGAGCCAUUGGCUGUUCCCUCGCAGCUACAUCUUACAGUCCUAGGUAUGGAGAAUGCUGAUUCUGGGCCCUCUUCAAAGCCUCAACAUAUUGUGCUAAAUCAUGUCUUCAUAGAGAAAAAUAUGGCCUCAAAGUCCGUUGUUGCCCUGGGAUUGACUCACAGGUUCCAGUCUAAAUAUGUGACAGUUGUCCUUUACAAACCUCUCAAGAGAUAAAUAUGCGACAAUUGUCAAGGUUGUUUCAUUUUGUAGCCUCAGUCUGUAAAAAAAUGUUCAAAUAAUACUCCCCUCCUUAGGUGGUAUAUGAAGGUCAUGUGUCUGUAGAUAUGCUCGAAAAAUGUGGUGUUAAAGUUCUGACAUGAUACAUUAAAACUUUUAGUUUUUCAGUGA